CACCUGCCCUUCUCAACGCCUCACCAUGUGCACAGGAAAGUGUGCCCGCUGCGUGGGGCUCUCCCUCAUACCCCUCUCCCUGAUCUGCAUCGUGGCCAACGCGCUCCUGCUGGUACCUAAUGGGAAGACCACCUGGACCAACGUUAACCAUCUCAGCUUGCAAGUCUGGCUCAUGGCUGGCUUCAUCGGCGGGGGCCUGAUGGUACUGUGUCCAGGCAUUGCAGCUGUUCGGGCAGGGGGAAAGGGCUGUUGUGGUACAGGCUGCUGUGGAAAUCGCUGCAGGAUGCUGCGCUCGGUCUUCUCCUCGGCGUUCGGGGUGCUUGGUGCCAUCUACUGCCUCUCAGUGUCGGGAGCCGGGCUCCGAAUCGGCCCCAAAUGCUUGAGGAACAGCGAGUGGGGCUACCACUUCGAAGACACCUUAGGCACCUACUUGCUCAACCACACUCAAUGGGAUUUGUGUGAGGAACCGCCUCACGUGGUCACGUGGAAUGUGACACUUUUCUCCCUGCUGGUAGCCGCCUCGUGCCUGGAGAUUGUGCUGUGUGGAAUACAGCUGGUGAACGCCACCCUUGGUGUCUUCUGUGGCGAUUGCAGGAAAAAAGAGGAUGCCACUCACUGAGGCUCCGUCGACCUCGCUGUUAUACCUGCUCACUUCUGGAC